AUUUCUUUAUAUAUAUAGGAAAUAUUUUUAAUUUUAUAAGUUUUUAUUGCUAUCUUUUUUAUUACCAGUUUUCUUCAAUCUCUCUCUCCCCCUUCCAGAGAGCCACACAAAAGGGUAUUUUUUUCAAAGACAGAAAGAAAGUGAAGAGAACAAAGAGAGUAAAAUCAUUAUGACCAAAUAAAGCACUGGAAAAAAGCUGGAAACAUGUACCAUGUGCAACAGCCAUGGACCUCUCACAUCCAUGAAGGGAUGGAUUGGGGAUGUCCUCUGGUUUCUUCAUUUGAGAUAUACUUGAUUUUUAUAAUUUUGAUGUGCUCACUUUUGAUUUUUUUCUUUGUACAUGGUCAUUUUUCAAUUUAUAUUAUUGUAGUCAUGUACAUUGUUUUCAUGGCUUAUGGAAGAGAUCAAGAUGAACUUGGAAGGAAGACGAGCAAGAGGGAAGUGGAGUUUCUAUCCCUUCAGACUAAGAAUAGCUUCACAGAUGGCAAAUUUAUUGGAAAAAGUAGACUUCACAGAAGAAGAGGUCAGCAACAUGAAGAAGGAACUUGAGAAGUAUGAGAUACAAAUGCCAUCUUUUAGCAAAUUUGGUGGUAUUCUGGUCAAUGAAUUGUCAGUAGAUGAAACUGCAUUGCAUGCUGCAGUCAUAGCAAUUAAUGAAGCCAUUAAGAAGGGCAUCGCAGAAGGGACUCUUGUAACUCUCAAGAAUCCAAAAGCCAUUUUAACCUCUGUCAAUGAUAACCUGGCUGAGAAUUAUCAAAAGGAACUUUGGCAAGCCAAGCAAAGCAAAGAAGAGAGUGCAAAAGUGAAGAAUAUCCAUCUUUCUGAAAAGGAAAGAGAAGCAUAUGAGGAGCUCCUGACCCAAGUAGAAAUCCAAGGAAUCAUUAAUAAAAUCAACAGUUCAGUGCAUGUUGCAGUCAUAGCAAUUAAUGAAGCCAUUAAGAAGGGCAUCGCAGAAGGGACUCUUGUAACUCUCAAGAAUCCAAAAGCCAUUUUAACCUCUGUGGAUGAUAGCCUGGCUGAGAAUUAUCAAAAGGAACUUUGGGAAGCCAAGCAGAGAAAAGAAGAAAAGAGUAUCCAUCUUUCUGAAAAGGAAAGAGAAGCAUAUGAGGAGCGCCUGACCCAAGUAGAAAUCCAAGGAAUCAUUAAUAAAAUCAACAGGCUUGUUGCUAUUGAUCAAAUAAAUGCUGUAAUUCAAGAAGGUGAUCCCAGUAACACCAUGACUGCACUUAUGAAACCUGAGGCCCAGCUACCAACUGUUCAUCCCUUUGCUGCUGUUAUGUAUCAGGAUGAACUGUUCAAACUACAGAAUCAGAAUUCUUUGGACUAUAUCCCUUAUGAGGAGCUAUUCAUGACAGUAGAAAUAUUGUCAGCUGUUGCUUUGCUUAACCAGGCAUUGGAAACUGAGGAUCUUGUUUUGACCCAGGAUCGUCUCAGAAAUCUUUCUAUAGACUUGAAUAACGUGGAUGAAGAAUACUUGGAAUGGUAUGCUAGCAGGUUCAUGUCCAUCAAAAGAGAAGCCUCAUCUCGAGGACAAGAUAAAUUGGGCUGGAAUGAAAUACAAAAUCACAUUGAUGUAAUCAAUGUGGAAAUUCGAGAAGAAAAAGCACGUUCAGUCCAUGCUGCAGUAAUAGCAAUUAAUGAAGCCAUUAAGAAGGGCAUCUCAGAACAGACUCUUAUAACUCUGAAGAAUCCCAAAGCUGUUUUAAAUUCUGUCAAUGAUAGCCUGGCUGAGAAUUAUCAGAAGGAACUUUGGGAAGCUAAGCAGAGAAAAGAAGAGAUUGAAAAUGAGAAGACUAUCUCGUCUAAGGAGGAAAGAGAUGUAUUUGAGGAGCUGCUGACACAAGUAGAAAUACAAAGAAUCAUCAAUAAAGUCAACUGGCUCGUUGUUAUCAAUGAAAUCAAUGCAGUGAUUCGAGAAGGACAUCCCAGUAACACCGUGAUGGCACUCAUGAAACCUGAGGCCCAGCUCCCGACCGUUCAUCCCUUUGCUGCUGUUCUGUAUCAGGAAGAACUGUUCAACCUUCAGAAACAGAGCUCUUUGAACUACUUGGCCCCCGAGGAGCUGUCCACGACAGUAGAGAAGGUGUCAGCCGUUGCUCUGCUUAACCAGGCCUUGGAAACCGAGGAUCUUGAGUUGACCCAGGAUCGUCUCAGAAAUCCCUCAAUUGACUUCAAUAACCUGGAUGAAGCACACUUGGAACGGUUUAGUGCAUGCUGCAGUCAUUGCAAUUAAUGAAGCCAUUAAGAAGGGCAUCACAGAAGAGACUCUUCUAACUCUAAAGAAUCCCAAAGCUGCUUUAACGUCUGUGGAUGAUAACCUGGCUGCGAAUUAUCAAAAGGAACUUUGGGAAGCCAAGCAGAGAAAAGAAGAGAAGUAUAUCCUUUCUGAGGAGGAAAGAGAUGCAAGGGAGGAGCUCCUGACCCAAGUUGAAAUCCAAGGGAGCAUCAACAAAAUCAACAGUAAGUGAUGUCAUU